UGUUUCCUUUUUGAUCUCAACCGAGCAGACGGAGAGGUCUCUUAUCAGAGGAGAACCUGUUGACUUCUUUUGCAAGGAAAAUCAGAAGGGGAGAUGUCCGAAUCCGAGGCGAGCACCCACAUACAAAGUGUCCGGCCUCAGACAUCCAGUCCAGCUCAAUCUUCUUCUACGGAUGAUGAUCCUUCCUCCCCUUGUAGCACCAUAGGAGGGCAUUCCCCUGAAGUACCUAGGGACACUUCUCCUCCAAAUCUGGCCGGUUCAUCAUCAACAUCCUCCAUCUUGCAUCCUCACUGUCCGACCGUGUCUGUGCACGGUUUCUAUCCUCCCCCACCCCCGCACCUAUCUCCGCACCCCUCGCGCCUUCAAGGGGGCAGUCCCCCCGACGUUCUCGGUCACACCCCCUCCAAGAGAAUCUCUCCCGGUCUGACGUGUGUUGUGUGCGGGGAUACUUCCAGCGGGAAACAUUACGGCAUCCUUGCCUGCAACGGUUGCAGUGGCUUUUUCAAGAGGAGUGUUCGAAGGAAGUUGAUUUACAGGUGUCAAGCAGGAACUGGAAACUGUGUCGUAGAUAAAGCCCAUCGAAAUCAGUGUCAGGCUUGUCGGUUGAAAAAGUGCUUACAAAUGGGAAUGAAUAAAGAUGCUGUUCAAAAUGAGCGUCAGCCGCGGAACACGGCCACGAUUCGGCCGGAAAGUUUGUCCGAGAUGGAAUCGGAAAGGUUGCUGCGCGAUGGAGUGGCCGCAACCGUGGCCGCCGUCGGUGUAUAUCCUCCUCCACAUCGUGUGCAUCAUCUUCUCGCAGAUGCUACAAGAGCUAAACUAGAGAGAGAUCAUGACCAUAAAGAAGCCCUUGAUGGACACAUGGCAGAUAUGACCAGAGAAGAGAUGAUGGAACAAAGGCAAGGGAUUACAAUGGUUGGGCACAGCGGACCAGCGGUCAACUAUUCCGGAGUAAGUCCGCAAGAUGUGGGUCCUGUUUUUAGUUGUCCACCACCUGGCCAAGAAACAAUAUAUGAGACGUCAGCAAGGCUGCUUUUUAUGGCUGUGAAAUGGGCCAAAAAUCUACCUUCGUUUGCAAAUCUACCAUUCAGAGAUCAGGUCAUCCUGUUGGAAGAAUCGUGGGCAGAAUUGUUUCUGCUAUGUGCAAUUCAAUGGUGCAUGCCUAUGGAAUCCAGUAAUCUUUUCACACCAACAGAGCAUUUAAAUGCUGGACUUCCCAACGGUAAAGCAGCUCUGACUUUAGCUGACGUACGGACAUUGCAGGAAGCAUUGGCCAGGUUCAAAUCUGUGGGGGUGGACCCUGCCGAAUUCGCAUGCCUCAAAGCUAUUGCUCUCUUUAAAGCUGACGCUCGGGGUUUAAAGGAUGCCCACCAAGUGGAGGGUUUACAAGAUCAAGCCCAGCUGAUGCUACAGCAACAUGUAAAGACUCAACAUCCAACUCAUCCAUUUCGAUUUGGUCGUCUGCUAUUGAUGCUACCAUCUCUACGCUACGUGCCAUCAGAGCGCAUCGAAAGUAUGUUUUUUCAUCGAACCAUUGGAAAUACAUCAAUGGAAAAACUUCUGUGCGACAUGUUCAAGUGUUGAAAGAAUAUACAGUUUCGAACUUAUUGCAUUCACUAGAACGCACAAUACAAUGAAUUUGUAGUUCAGUUCGAUUCAGAUAGCUUUAUUUCUUCUUCUAGUGAUUCUUUAUUCUUCGCCAAGAUUUAUUAUAAAGAGAUUACUUCUCUUAUGAAUAGCAGUUAAUACAUUUUUGGACUUCAUACAUAAUCAAAUUUCUUAAUUUUCUUUUCCAGACUCUUGAUAAUAAAUGCCUCUAAAUAUCACUGCGUAAGUGCAGCAGUUCCCAAAUGGUGUUCUGUGAGUUGGGAAUUUUUUUUUUUAACCGGUAAUGAUUUUUUGAAACCUGUAAUAUGUUUGUAUCUAAUCACUAAUCCAAUAUUUAUUUAAUAUUAAGGUUAUUUUUAUGAAAAUAUUUACAUAAAAUUGCAAUAAAAUAGAAAAA